AAACUCGUUUAGUAAAUCCGAGCCGGUGAUAGUAAAAAGUAACACACUACAAGCCAGUCGCGUGCUUCGAAUCGUUGCGAGUGGAUGUUCCGAGCGGAUUUGUAUUUAGCGCCGAUUUUCUAACGUUGACAAAAUGCCGGCCGAUUCGGAGUUAAAUUCGGUUUUGGUAAGGAGGCAGGAAAUUAACGACGCCCUCGACAACGGGGAUGAAGUCAAGUUUAAGUACAAGUUUGUUAACGUCUAUACCGAAUUUCACGAGUUCUCCAGGAAGGAAAUUAAGCAGUACGAGCUGACAUUUAAAAAAUACAACACAAAUAAGGACAACUACCUCAGCCUCUCCGAGCUGAAAAGGAUGAUGGAGGAGCUGGGAGCACCGCAAACGCACAUCGCCCUAAAGGGGAUGAUCGCCGAGGUCGACGAAGACGGCGACGGACGUUUGGCGUUUCGAGAAUUCCUGCUGGUGUAUCGUAAGGCGAAGGCCGGCGAACUCGACGCUAAUUCCGGUCUCGGGCAGUUGGCCAAGCUGACCGAAAUUAACGUCGAUCAGGUCGGCGUCAAUGGAGCGAAGGAAUUUUUCGAGGCUAAGAUUGAGGAAUUAUCGAAGAAAAGUAAGUUCGAGCACGAAAUUCGCCAAGAACAGGAAGAAAGGAAGCGAAUGGAGGAAGAGAAGGCGAUUAGAAGACAGCAGUUCCUGGAGAAAGCUGCCUUUUUUAAAUAAUUGUGAUUGUUAAUAUAUUGUGAUUUUAAUUUUUAUGUAUAAUGUACUUAUAUACUGUUGUAUAUGUAAAAUACUCUUCUUAGUGCUUAAGCUAGCUGAAGCUUAUUAUUUUUAAGGACACUGCCUGUAAUGUGAACAACAGUCAUGAAAUGAAUUAAUAUGUAAUUUAAA